AUGGAUUCCGAAGACGCAGCUCAAACAAUUUUCGAUUCGGCGUCCUCGCUGGUGGAGGGCUGCCGGUUACCGGUCAAAAUGAGCGGGACGAACGAUUGGCCACUAGCAGAAAUCAUCAGCAUUAGGGAGGGUUCGGACCGAAAAUGCUAUUACUACGUACAUUAUGUAGAUUUUAACAAACGACUAGACGAAUGGGUAACGGAAGAGUAUCUGGAUAUGCGCAAGGUACAGUUCCCCCGCAAAGACGGGAUGACGACGGGACAGAAUACCGGCGUAACGACACCGAAACGAUUACCGCCCGCUCUCACCUGCUCCCGACCUGCCAGUCCCGUCCAAACGCCCGAAAUUACGGUGAACGGAGGUGCCGUGCUGGAGGCGGCAUUGCAGAAAAAAAUCAGCCGCAAACGCAAAGCAACAUCCACCGAAAACGAAGAUUCCGAGGAUGUUCCGUUGACGCCGACUCCGCGCCAAUCCGGCAGCAUGGUGGCGCACCAUGAUGAUGUGGUGACGCGCAUGAAGAACGUGCAGCUGAUCGAGCUGGGCCGACAUCGAAUCAAACCCUGGUACUUUGCACCGUAUCCGCAAGAAAUGUGCACCAUGUCGUGUAUCUACAUCUGCGAGUUCUGUCUCAAGUACCGCAAGAGUCGCAAAUGUCUCGAGCGUCAUACGAAAAAGUGCAACCUACGGCACCCACCCGGCAACGAGAUCUAUCGCAAGAGCACGAUUAGCUUCUUUGAGAUUGAUGGGAGGAAAAACAAAAGCUACGCUCAAAACCUCUGUUUGCUCGCGAAACUGUUUCUCGACCAUAAAACGCUUUACUACGACACAGAUCCUUUUCUGUUCUACGUAAUGACCGAGUACGAUACGCGCGGGUUCCACAUUGUGGGGUACUUCUCGAAGGAGAAGGAAAGCACGGAAGACUAUAACGUGGCGUGCAUAUUAACUAUUCCACCGUACCAACGGAAAGGUUACGGAAAGUUACUAAUAGAAUUUAGUUAUGAAUUAUCCAAAUUCGAAGGGAAAACGGGUUCACCGGAGAAGCCAUUGUCCGAUUUAGGUUUACUGUCGUACCGCAGCUAUUGGGCGCAAACGAUACUAGAAAUAUUAAUCCUCCAAAAGCCAACCGGAGAGAACGAAAAACCACAAAUAACGAUAAAUGAAAUAUGUGAACUAACCAGUAUAAAGAAGGAGGACGUCAUUUCGACGCUGCAGAUAUUGAAUCUAAUCAACUACUAUAAGGGCCAGUACAUCAUCUGCAUCAAUAAGGAAACGAUUGAGCAGCACAAAAAGGCGAUGGAGAAACGAAAGAUUCGCAUCGACUCGAAAUGUCUCCACUGGACGCCCAAGGAUUGGACGAAGCGAUCGAAAUGGUAA